GGUUCCAAAACUGGUUAUAAUAGAUUUCCGCUUCAACCCCUGGUUCUAUGGCUCAACCCCCAUUAUCGGUCACCGGUCAGCCACCCUCAACACGAUUAUGAUAUCCUGAAUAGGGCCGCCCGAGCCUAGGGUCUCUAGUCUGACCAGCCGGUUCAGUUCUGUCCUAAAAACUUACCCGGUUUUAAUUCUCAAAGAAAAAUACCGAACGUAAACAGUAUAUACGGUCCAUGAAUCACGACCCUGGUGUGUGGCCGUACAAACAACCGUCAAUUGCAUACAUUUCAACCAGCAAUUGAUUCAUGGAGGAAACCCCCACUGUGAUUCCACCUCCUCCGGCGACAUCUAAUCACGCUACCGAUGCAAAGACGAUCGCCAAUUCAUCGAAAACAAGAGAAGAAGGCGAACUUUCUGCGUCGGAAAACGACGAAUUUGCAGGUUCUCGGUUCACUGUUGGAACCAUUGUUCCAGCAGCUCCAUUGAACAAGGGUACGAGUGUUGUUGAGAAGGGGGUAUCUGCGCCGAUUCAUAAUCCUGCUGUAGCUUCAAGAACCGUGCAUCCAAACAAACGUAAAGGUACGGAGAAGAAUCGAGUACCAUUCGUGAUUAGUUUCUCAGAUGAUGACAGUGGUAGCGACUCCGAAGAAUGCAAGAAGGGAAGCACGAUGGAAUCUGAUGAGAUGACAUGUGGCACUGUGGAGAAUAGAAAGUUUCCUACCUCAAUGGUGACUUCACGGUCACAGAUGGUGCAACAAACUUCCAAAAUUAACACCAAGAGUCCCAAAAAAUUAUCCACCAGUCGCACAUUUGUCUCAUCAGUGAACAGAGUGAAUGGAACCAAAUUCAAGAACGGUGGAAGCACAUUUGUUGGGGCAAAAAGUCAUCUUAAAAAGUCUAAUCCCCCUAGCAUAAUUAAAUUUGGUCAAAACAUUCAUAUCAACAGCAAUAAACUCCAAGAUUUACGGCAAUUGAUUGCAAUUCGUGAAAAUGAGUUAAAGAGUAAAGUUGGCAAACCUGAUAAGGAGGUAGCUUCAAGUUCAAAAAAGAAUGUCCAGGAUAUGAAUUUGAAAAAUAUUGCUGUUAAGAGCAGAAAUAUUUUGGAACGUGUAGUUGUUGAACCAAAGGAGCCAGAAAAGAAACGCCUUGCUGUUAAGAGCAGAAAUAUUUUGGAACGUGUAAUUGUUGAACCAAAGGAGCCAGAAAAGAAACGCCUUGCUGUUAAGAGCAGAAAUAUUUUGGAACGUGUAAUUGUUGAACCAAAGGAGCCAGAAAAGAAACGCCUUAAAGUUAAUGAAUCACCUAGAAAUGUUGUAGUUUCUGUUGGUCAACAUGAUAGGCCUCCUUCAGAUUCAACAGUAGCAGCUGGAGUUGCAAUUCCUUCAGAGUCAACAAUAGCAGCUGGAGUUGCAAUUUCUGUUGGUCAAAAUGAUAAGCCUCCUCCAGAGUCAACAGCAGCAGCUGGAGUUACGAUUUCUGCUGGUCAAUAUGGAACUUCUGCACUGGAAAGUGAUGGCUUGAAGGGUAGAUAUGACGGUAACAAUUGUGACAAAGAAAUACUAGGUGUGCCAGGGCAGUCCAGUACAAUGCAGCAGCAGAUAAAGGAAGUGAAAAAUCGUGACAUCAAGAAUCUACCAAUAGGUGGUGGCAUAAUCAGCAAUAGCAGGCAGCAUAACGGGAUCACAAAUCUCGGGGAGUCUUCAUCACAAUUAAUGGCUAAAACUGAUAAACCUUCUCCACCUAGACAGGGUUCUCUGAUGAAUUCAAGCUUUUGGAGUCAUUUUGGUGCGACAACUGGCGAGAUGGACAUCAAAUCAUUAUUGGAACUCGAGGAAUUGCAAGAUAAGGAGCUGGACGAAGCACAAGAGCAUAGACGCAAAUGCGAAAUCGAAGAAAGAAAUGCUUUAAAAGCUUACCGCAAGGCUCAGAGGGAUUUAGCUGAAGCUAAUAGUAGAUGUUCCUAUCUUUAUCAUAAAAGAAACUUGUUUUCCGCUAAUCUUCGGUCUCAUGUGAUGGAAGACUCGAAUAUGUUCUGGUCAAACAUGUCACAUCAGCAUCAUACCGAUGCUAAUGUGAACUCUAUAACUAACAUGUCAGAAAAUAACGUUUCACAUCAUCAAGUGCCGAAUGAGUGCGAUGAACCUGAACCUAAUACUAGUGGAUCAGAGCCUGAGGAGGAAGGAAAAACAAACGAUGUAGACUCUUCACUUCAUGCGAAUAACAGUAAUAGUAAGAAUAUUUUAGCUGAGGAUGAACAUGAACAGACAUCUGCUUUUGGGCUCAAAGCUGGUGAUUCAAGCUUAGAUAGUCAUGUGGAAGGAAUACGUAGCGAAAGGAAUAACGAAGUAAAUAAUAAUUCAGUUACCAUUGACACCAAUGAGGACUCAUUGCUUCUAGAAGCAACAUUGAGGUCUCAACUGUUUGCAAGAUUAGGAAAUAGAAAGCCUAAGAAGAAUGAAUCGGGUACUGCUAGUGUUGAAAAAGAGGAUGGCGAAAUAAUGGAAGAUUCUGAAAACAUGCCAUCUUCUGAGCCAGAGAAAGAACACAUUUAUGAUACCGGAGAUAUUGUGAUGUCAGAGAAGGAUCCUGUUGAUUAUGGAUCUUUUUUGGCUGAACCAGUUCUGAAGAGCUCUUUCGGUCAUGUAAAGUUUACAGCUACGGUUAGUUCUACGCAGUCACACACUGAAAAAACACAGAUUCACACCGAUGACAUUGUUGGUGAGAAGAAAGUUGUUAAUGGUGUUUGUGGGGCCCAACCUAUUGAAGUAUUGGACCUUUAUGUCAGUGAAGUUGGUUCGUAUUCUAACAACUUACCGAUCAACCCCUUUUGGCCUCUAUGCAUGUUUGAAUUACGAGGUAAAUGCAAUGAUGAUGAGUGUCCUUGGCAACAUGUCAGAGAUUAUUCAUCCAAAAACAUCGAUUCUAACAGCAAUGAUCGUGGGUCCCUUUGUUUGGCUCCACCUACUUAUCUGGUCUGCUUAGACAGUUUGAAAGCUGAUUCACAUCCAUACAAGUAUCUUGUAGCUCCAACCAUAGAACACCGUUGGAAAAAGUCUUUUAGUGCUUUCUUAGUUGUUUCAAGCUCAAUACUUGCAGAUCCGAACUCAGAUGAACGAUGUCUACAUGGUCCUGAAACACGCAUUGAGGUCCAUGGGGUUUGGAAUAGACAAUCAUCAUAUUUUCAUGGUCAAAAUGUCAAAGAGGGUCUGAAAGAUGAACAUAUGGAUGGUAUCUAUCAACGCCUUGAAACGGCCUUUCAUAAUCUCAGUAGAGAGGUUAGCAAGCAGAAGGGACGUACAGAGUGUCUUAUAGUUCUUGCCCGAGCCCUUGAGGAACAUCCUACAUCUGUACUUCUCUGGAUUAUAUAUUUACACAUUUUCUAUAGCAAUCAAAAGUCAAUCGGAAAAGAUGACAUGUUUCGUUAUGCGAUUGAACACAAUGAAUCAUCUUACGAACUUUGGCUGAUGUUCAUCAAUAGUCGGGAAAAGCUCGAUGAUAGAUUGCUUGGGUAUAAUACUGCGAUAUCUGCACUAUGUCGUCACGCAUCUACUCCUAAUCGGGAUCCGAAGCUCGAUAGUGAGUGCAUCUUAGAUCUCUUUUUACAAAUGAUAAAUUGCUUAUGCUCGUCUGGUGAAGUCAAAAAUGCUAUCCAGCAAGUGUACGGGCUGUUAUCCUCUACAAACAUGCCCACUGAUCCGCACGCACCAUCUUUGCCCGAUAUUCAGAAAUCCUUAACAAUUCCUGACAGGUGCAUCUUAUGGCUUUGUUCCAUGUUCCUGCUAUUGUAUAAAAGAUUACCCGAUACCAUUAUCAAACAAUUCGAAUGUCCGAAAGAAUUAUCCACAAUAGAAUGGCAUUCCGUCCAGUUAACAGAUGUUGAAAAACAGCAAGCGAUCACCCUGCUAGAGCUCGCCCCCGAGUAUAUUGAUAGCAAUAGGACAGCUAUAUCAGCACAACGGUUUGCUCUUAAUCACGUCAGAUGUACAGCUGUCGUUAAAGGAAUUGAUUCUUGCAAGGACCUGUUGGAAAAGUAUCUUGGGUUAUAUCCAUCCUGCUCGGAACUUGUUCUUUUAUCAAUUCGGGUCAAUGGGGUUGACUCAACUGAGUCAACAUUUGCAGCAUUUGAAGAGGCUUUAAGUAAUUGGGUUGGAGAACCUGGUAUACAAUGUAUUUGGAACCAAUAUGCCGGAUAUGCCCUUGAGACCGGAAACGUCGAUUUGGGAAAAGAGAUAAUGGAACGAUGGUUUUGUUCUAUUUCCAAAACUUAUCAUUCUAAGCCCGGGAUUUUGAGUGUGAGUGCAUGGAUGUCUAGUUUGACCCAGACCGAUAUUGUAUUCGGGCUGCUUAAUCUCUCACUACAUAAACAGUUGCAAAACGAUCAUACAGAAGCCCGUAUUGCCAUCGAGCAGGUGUUUGAACUUGCUUCUUCUGAUGAUUACAACCAUAUUGUGAAAGAGCAUGCGAUGCUUUUGCUCAAAAAGGAUUCUGCUUUCGAGAAAGCCCGUUUAGUCAGUUUCUUGAACAUGUUGAACCGUUACCUAAUGGACCCCCGUGCUUUACCAGCUCCUGAUUCACUCUCUAGAAGCUUCAUCCAAACCAUUGGGAAUCCAAAAGUUCAAAAAUUCGUUAACAAUCUGUUGUGUCCGGUUUCUUCCGAUUCAUCCUUGUUGAAUCUAGUUCUUGAAUCAUGUUUUGGCCCAUCUCUCUUACCGUUUGAAGCUUUUGAAAGACCAACAUAUGUUAUUGAUCUAGCUGAAGCUGUGAUGGAAACGUGGCCCGCGAAUUACGUGCUAGCACUUUCAAUCUGCAAGAACCAAUCUGAUGCAAAUGCCAGCAUAUCUUUCUGGGCGAGUGCGCAGCUGAUCGAUUCUCUGUGUCAGGCGGUCCCGGUUGCACCUGAGUCUGUAUGGGUUGAGGCAGCUGGUUUGUUAAAAAACGUGGCGGGUUUCAGGUCAAUUUUGGAGAGUUUUCACAAAAGGGCGUUAUCAGUUUACCCAUUUUCAUCGAGGCUAUGGGAAUCGUAUCGCAGGUUAUAUGAUGAUGCUACUAAUCAGGCAAAUGCAGUAGUUGAAAUGGCUCGAGGAAAAGGUAUAAAACUUUGACAGUGGUUAUAACUGUGUUGUGGUUAAUAGAUAGAAAUUGUGGCUAAAUAUCAUGUUACUUGAAGACUGGUUGUUGUUGACCAGGAAAAGUCAAACUUUACAUUAGGAAGUCUAUGCAAAUGGCUACACUUGUCUUUAGGAAAUACAAUCAAGUGGUUUAUUUUUUUCUGAAGUCAUUUUAGUAUUUCGGUA